CGCGCUCAGCUUUCCCGCCAACGGUACCAUCCGCGCUCCAGUCACGCGUUUCCGCGUUCGACCGAUGUGUAUGUCAACUUCCAUGGGGCACGGAUGUCUCCAGUCUCUUUGCGCCCCCCUGUUUCCCUCUCUCUUCCUUCACGUCUGUUUCGCCGGUUGAAUAUGUACUACUACGAGGACAGUGCGCGAAGAGCCUCGAAUCAAGUGAUCGCGAGUUUCGAACGAUCGUUGUUUCGAUAAACGAUGUAUCCUCUGGGACUAUAAGUGCCAUGUGUGUUUUCGCCGGUUUACAUCGUCGGUUGGCUGGUAGUUCCGUUUGUGAGAAAUGGAUUGUGUGCUGCUGUUUACGAUUAAGCUGGUACUCGAUUGUGAAGCAAAUGUGAUCGUUUGUUAAUGUAACCGUUAUCGUAGCCGGGACCAUUGGUUCGCCGGCACUUGUGGCGUGUCUUCGCACGGUUCUAUCGAGAUUGGGAAACGGUAACAAAUCACGACGAUGUGGAACCAUCUGCGGGUUCUUGGAGGACAGCGCCGUUCAAGAUAUUAUCGAAGGGGUGGCAUCCUUCGCGGUACGUGCGUGGCCGGUCGCGUGUGUGCAUGGAAAAGACAGACGACCGCAAAACCUCGAGGUACGAAGGAGCACUCGGCGGAGCAAGGUGGCUCCGCUAACGGCACGAGCGGCGGUGAAAAAAUGUCGAGCGCCGCGGACAGUCCCGAUGGGAUGGCUUUGCAGUCGCACUACUCCCUACGAUGGAACAAUCAUCAGACCCACAUACUACAGGCGUUCGAGGCGUUGCUGCACGCCGAGAUACUCGUCGACGUGACCCUGGUCUGCGCCGAGACCAGCCUCAGGGCGCACAAGGUUGUCCUUAGUGCCUGCAGUCCGUUCUUCGAGAGAAUAUUCGCGGAACACCCGUGCAAGCACCCGGUGAUCGUGCUGAAGGACUUCCCGGGCCACGAAGUGGCGGCGCUAAUCGACUUCAUGUACCGUGGCGAAGUGAGGGUCGGCCGCGAAGAGCUGCCAGGCCUGAUGCGGGCCGCGGAGAGUUUGCAGGUGAGGGGGCUGGCAUCGUCGGAACCGAGGCCCGCAUCUCCGCCCGAGACGCCGACCGCGGAUCUUCUCCUGGGCGAGCCGUCGACGCCCGAAGGCGCCAGGCACAGCACGCCAGAGGAGGACGACAACGCGUCGGAGAGCACCGCGCCGCCGUCCACAAGAGAACCGAUGGCAACCAGUACACCGACCAUCUUUCACCCGGCCAGGGAUCACCGCGAUAGGUUACCACACAUGAGUCACCUAAACUUCGGGAUGCGUGAGCUGCGCGAGAGUUGCGGCUCGCCUUUGCUACCUCGACGGAAGCAGGCUCGUCCACGAAGGAGAUCAGGUGAGCUGGUACCUCAAGACCUAAGCCGACCACAUCCGCCGGCUAGCCUAAGUCCACCUCCAAGCGGUCUGAACCUAACCGGGAGCCAGCAACAGUUGCAACAGCAGCAACACCAUCAGCAAACGACGAUCCCUCAGAACCAGCAACAACAAGAGGACAUCGCGGAAAACCUAUCGAUGAAGAGAUCCCUGUCGCCGAUCGGCACCGAUCAACAUCAUAUGAAAGCGGAAAGCAGCGAAGCGGCUAGUAGUCCCAGAGGAUCACCGUUAACCGGGACAAGUCUGCUACAUCCAGACGGUUCCCUCCAAGACAUUCCGUCUGCAGCGGCGGCAGCAGCGGCGGCGGCUGCAGCAGGCCUACCGGCGAUGUCGGCGUUGUCGCUGACACCGCCGCACCAUCACAGCGAGUACCUGACGAGUCUAGGCCAACUAGCAGCCCAGUGGUUGCCGAAUCAUCCGCAGAGUCAACUGCCACCGCACCAUCAGGGCCACCAUCCGCGAGAAGGCAGUCCGCACGGGCCGAACAGGACACAUCCAUAUCAGCAGUCCCAACAGCAACAGCAACAACAACAGCAACAACAGGAAUCGCCGCUCACACCGCGGCGCAGCUCCGUUGCGUCGAUGUUCCCGUUGGACGGCGUGGCAUCUUUAGGCGGUGGUUUGUUCCCUCACGCGGGCGCGCUGGAUAGGGGAUCGCUUUUAGCGGAUCUUCACGACAGUUUUAAACCGGAAACGCUACACGGACUGUUCGGCGCAGCGGGUCUAGGCAGUCAUCACCCUGGCAAGAAGCCGAAGAAGCACAGAGGCGACGGCGACGCACCGCGCAGGUGGGGCGAUCACGGUAGCCGGGGUCUACCGGUCGGUAGACCCAAAGGUCAACACAGUGCACCCAGAGGUGGACCGCCUAGGUCAUGGACGAACGCAGAGCUGACCGAAGCGUUGCAGCACGUGUGGAACAAGAAGAUGACGACGUCGCAGGCGAGCAGGAUCUUCGGCAUCCCGUACAACAGCCUUCUGAUGUACGUGAGAGGGAAGUACGGUAAAAGCUUGAAGCUCGAGCAGCUCAGGAGGGAUUGCACGGGUGCGACGACCGGCGACGUCGUGAUGAACUCGUUGAACAACAACGUGAAGACCGUCCAGCCGCCCACGCAGAUCGCGCAUCCGCUGUCCGGGCUGCCGCCACAUCCGGGCGACGACACCGGGUUCCCUCAUCACUCGUUGCUCGGCGGCAACCUGCCGCAGGGUUUCUUUCCGGACUUCGCGGCUGCCGCGUUCCCAGUGCCGGUCAGUAUGGUGCACUUGCUACCGCCGAGCGAGCAAAAGGCCUUCGAACCGGCCGGGAAUCCCGGUGGAGGAGGCGGCGGAGGCGGUGGCGGUGACCUGUCCACCGCGCGGAGCAGUCGGACGCCGUCCCCGGUCGAUCAUCAUCACCAUCAUCAUCACGAGUCGCUGCAGCCGCAACCGCCCCAGUCGGCGCCCGCGCUACUCCAGCAGAACGGUUCGGAUUAGGAAAGGAAGCGUCGGUUUACUCGUGAUCAUAGGCACCGCGCGCGGUAAAUAUUUAUUAUCCUCGUUGAAGGACCACGGACACGUCGGUGUCCGAUCGCGAAACCAACCAUCCCGUUUUACGAUCCCCCGACACGCGGUACACACUCUCACUCGCGCGAUCGCGUGCGAACGAUACACACUCACACACAAACACGCCGACAAACGUACACACACAGACACGGAGACACGAGAUUGCCCCGAUUUUUCCGUGAGAUGAUUGUUCUCUUUUUCACAAGACUGACUAUCACCAAUUACAGCUCCCAGGGUAAAAGUUCGACGGACGUUCCGCUCUGCUCAAAUCCCACGCUUAAGCCGCAGCACUGUCGCCACGUUUCACCUCCACCUUUUCUAUGUUUCUUUUGGCGCCGUUCUUUGCCCGUCUGUCCACCGUUGGCAAAAAUAUCUGACGCGUCGCCCCCUUUGUCCGUCGAUCGCUGAACAACGCCAGACUCCAGUCGAGCGUGCCGGCGAGAGAUUCUCUCUGCCGAGAGCCGGGACCGAGCGUCUCGUCGCGUUUCCCUCGACCCGGUUCUUCGUCUUCUCGGUUAAAAUUAGUGGCCUAUGCCCCCCUUCAUCCAACCACCCACCUGCCCAUCCCACUGCCGGAGAGACAGACAGCACAGGGGGUAAGAAGAAGAAUCAUCGCCGGUGUCUUUUUUGGUGCUCAUUCCCAUCUCUCCUUCCUCCCCUCCUCCACCGUUCAACCGCCCGACCAGUUACCCAUUCACCCCCGUCCGAUCCACGGAUCCCAGUGUAAACGUGUUAAAAGGUGACGGAGAAGCGGCACGCACCGCUCCGUCUAACAAGGACGCAACGAGGCGUUUCGGAGCCGGAGACUUUCGCCGGCGGGCGAGACACACCACUCGUAUCAUCACUAUAAAUAGUUCCUGCUACAAGAGCGAUUAUACCAAAUAGUACUGUAAAACGGCUGACUAAAUACGAUGGAUGCCUGUGUAUGGAACAGCAGUCGCUGGGAAAUGCUCGCAACUCCGGUCUCUUUGGAAUCGCGGACCUCCUCGCCGUGAAAGUGACGCGCGAUAGGGAAAGGGAGAGAGGGAGAGAGAGAGAGAGAGAAAAGAGAGAGAACAAGAGACACGCGCUUUCUACUUCGAACAUCCUCGUGGCGUGUGAUGAUGUGCAUGAGGUAAGAAUCGCAAGACUCGAAACAAUAGCAUUUAAAUAUAUAUACAGACUAUUAAGAUUAACCUGUUCCAAACGCGCGCUCCGAGGCAGCUAGGGCGGCGCGCACCCCUGCUCGACGGGAUUUGUUAACCAACCUUCGACAAUCAUGCAACAGCCGUACAAUUGUUCUUUCUAUAUCACCGACCGACAUCCCCCACGAUUCUCUGUUUACCGUUCAGUGCAAAUCCGUUCACCGUUCUCGACGCCGCCGGAACCGAUGUUGACCGAUCGGAACCGUCCAGCAGGCUGACGAUCCCCCCGGCUGCCUCCGCGGAACGCGUUCAAACGAGCUUCCAAGUUGACUAUUAUUUUAUAGGU